CAAACACAUCCCCCGUCCGACAGUCGUCGAUAAAGAUGCCAGCGGUAGCCUCCCCGUCCUCCGGGAACGAACAUCUCGAUCGCGACCUCUCCCGCCGACACACCCUCUCUGCUUCCCGCGUCGUACAUACGCACACUCCAGCACACGAUCCAUUCGUACACACAAACGUCCCAUACGACCCUGUACCGACUUCCAAUCCAUACUCCCAUCCCGUCACCCACCCUCCCAUGCCUGAGCGUAUCUUUCCGCCUUCCAGCCUCAGCCUAUCUUUCCCCGCACAAUUCCCCUCCCCUGCAGCUGUCCACUACCAUCACCCCCUCUCUCGCAACUCGACCUCUCCUCAGGGAACCUGGGCCUACCCCGCGCACACACAGUGGGUCGGAUCCUCCAACAUCGCCCAGGUCAAUGUCAGCGUCAAUAUCCCUUCGCCCCCUCCCCAGGUCGCACACAAGGUCUGGCUGCUCGAUUGCAAAAACUGCAUGACGUUCUUGACAAACCGUGGCAUGAAGGCGGUUCUCCUUUUGCGUCCGCAUGUGCCGCUGUAUUCCACCGAUGCCCUUCCGAUAAACUGCUCGGCGUACUCUGCGACGCCCACGCCUGUCUUGCCUUCGCGCGCACCAUCCGCUGACCCGCCGCGUACCUGCGAGUGCCUUACGCAGACGCUGUGCUGCCACGGCUGCGGCAACGGCGUAGGCUAUAUGAUCGUCAUUCCCUGCGCCCGCUGCACGUCGUCGAUUUCCGCUACCAAUCGCGCGACGAACGGUCACCGCUUCGUCUUCCAUUCUACAGAGAUCGUUGCCUCGGAGCGGCACUACAUUGCAGACGAGCCAGGCGUGCUUCCCUUCUACACAGAUUCCUCCCCAGCCCCUCCCCCCGUUUCUCCGCCGCCCUUUUUGCCUCCAUCCACCUCGCAUGAGCUUCCCAUUCCGAUCCCGCCGUGGGAGUCGUCGUUCCGUUCCCUGACGCCCUCGCCACCGCUAUCGCCCGUCACGCCCGGGGAUUCUCCGGCAUCAAUGCCCUCGCUCGUCUCCUUCAGCGCGCUUGCGCCUCAGUCCCCGUUCCCGGUCGUGUCGGCGGCCUUCGUCGACCCGCUCAAGCCCGGAAACUUCCCUCUCCGCGCGGGUGACGUGCUGUACUGGCACCAACUGGCACGCAACGGCGAGAUACCCGGCGUCGCGGAGGACAAGCGGGCCCGCGGGAAGCGCAUGGGCUUUGCGUUUGACCGCUGA